AUGAAGCUUUGGUGGCAGAAAAAGUGGAUAGAAAUUACAGUCACAUGGAAGAGCUCUGCCUGUUGUGACACCACAGUUGCUGAGAAUGGCAGGUUUCAUCUAAGCGUGGAACUUAGUCUCACAUUGGGCCCUCCUCUACCAUUUAAAGAUUUGGAAACCGUCGCUGCUCGUCAUCCUUAUCCUCCACUGCGCCGCUGCCCACUCUUGUUCGAUUUCACCGUCGCUCAGGUUUGGUCUGAUCCUCGCGUCGCCCAGAUCUGUGCCAUCGUCGCAGCACCCAGACCUGUGCACGUCUUCGCCGUCGCCCCAUCCCGCAUCAUUCCGAGUUUCUUUGAUUCAAACAUAAAACGAGUUAAAAUCACCGGUCAUCAAGACCUACAGUCAUAUACUCCACAACCGGUGAUUUUAACUCGUUUUAUGUUUAUGGGCGUCCAUGAUCCAACAUCCCGCACCGUAUCAAGUCCAUCCACAACCUCGCCAAAAUGUCACAUGAGAGCUGCCAAAAGAUUUCAAACACCAGGAUUAGCAUAUUAUGCAUUUUUACAAAUGUAAUGUUUGAAGCCCGAGCAUUUUAUAAUGACACCCCAGUUGGUCAAGCGGAAAAAACAAAGCAAGACGAGAGCUAACAAUAUAAAUGCACCUGUCAAGGCUGUGAUCAGCUUCCAAUAUUAUCACAAAAUGAGACCCACGAUCAUUACAGUCUCUUCUAUCCAUUGAUAGUAACCCUUUCCUAUCAUGCUUGCACUCAUUUUCCUCAAUUGAAAUAGAUCACAACAAUGUAGAAUAGACAUAAAUAGACAUACAUUUUGAUUAACUUUUCAAAAGUA